CAGUCGCAUUCUGUCUCCCGAGCAGAAGAACGCCUUGUCGCCACCCCUAGAAGCCAGGUUUUCUAGGCUUCUGUGUUAGUGCCAGGGGAUCUGCAGGUGCAAGUGAAGGGUGAAACCAGGGCUGGUCACAGCUCAGGGCUUUCUGAUGUCCCGGUGCUGGAGAUCAAGCCCCAGGCCUCAAACACACUGCACACACUGCAUCAUGAGUUACACCCUGAACCCCUAGGGCUCCUUAGUUCCCUGCAGCCAGGUCCUAGGGGCCACAGCACCUGAAGUACCUGCUACCCACUGCCACAAGCACUGCACACCCUUGCUUCAGCAGCUGUCCUGCACACCACAGCGCUAUCAGGCAGAGCCUGAGGGGACAGGACAUGAAUCUGGGCGAGGCCAUGGCUACCAUACACCCUGCUCCACCAACAAGGUCAGGGGCUGGGUAGGACCACCCGUGUGGAGCCGCUCCCUCCGCGGGCUGCUGUGGCCUGGCACUGACGACUGAAGCAACAGUGACCCCUAACGGUUGGCAGUAGAACUGCAGUUAUGGGAGAAGAGGCCGCUUUGCCAUCCCCAAGGCCGUUUCUGGUCGCUCUGAGCCUCUGGAAGAGAAGAAGGGAGGGAACUUCUCACAGCAGACCCGGGCCUGAGAUGUGCACACUCACACCGGGCACACAGGCACACCUACUCUUACAGACUACUGGCAGAGGGCACAACGAUAGGGUCAGCCCCUUCCCCACAGGGCCCCCACCCCUCAGCCUGAGCACCGUCAGGGAGGCGGGCAGCACCAGGAGGAGCCGCAGGAAGAAAAAACACUGGCCAGGCUCCCUCCCAGGAGGAGGCGGCUGGUGGCCCAGAACUGAGCGGGGUGUGGGGAAGCUCAUAGACAAAACUGUUGUAUUUGUGUCCCAGAAAGAAGUGGAUUUGCCAGGAUAGCAAGCGAGUUGGAGGUUGGACAUCAGGAGGGAUGGACAUCAGGAGGGAUGGACAUCAUCAGGAAGCUGUGUGGAGGGGAUGCCCGUGUUUCUGCUCAGGGACAGCUGGAGGCAGGCAGGAGGUUCCUGGGAGGGAGAAUGGGCACCUCCCACAGAGGAGGAAGGGGAAACGCAGUGACUAAGAGUCCACAAGCACCCUUCUUGGCCUCUCCUCUCCCAGAUCCAGACAGAACUGGACCAUUAAUAAUUCAGUAACCUCCAGCUGGCUGCAGGGUGGAGGACGGGGUAGACAAAUGAACUAGGAGAACGGCAUGUCUAGCCACCAUCUCCUCAGAGCUGUCUCAGGCCACUGGCGGCCUCACCACCGAAGCAGAGGGUGCUGGGGGCUGUAGUCUCCUAUCCCACUCCUGCCCCACUCCUGCCAAGCUUGGGAACAAUUGCUAUGUCUUUGUAGGGGCAAGGAGACAGGACAGAGGCCUCCUAGGGAGCUGGGAUGGCAGGCACCGGGUCACAGAUACUCAGACAGCCCUCUCUGCAGGAGAAACUGUGGCUUUCCCCCAGCCCGGCACCAACACACUGUGCAAGCCUUGCCUGUGAGUGGUUUGCCUUCUACAGCUUUCUGUCAAGGCCGAAGACAAGACAGAUGUUGGUACACUACCCCCACCCACAGCAGCCUGCCUCCUUCCAGCCAGGGCCACACUGCCUGGGUUCCUCUCGUCCCUGCCAAGCCGAGGCAUGCCCCAGCCCAGGGCAGCACCUGGGUAUCUGCCAUGAAACUGGGCCACUCGGGUCACAACUGAGUGACCAUUUCAGUGGCAUCAUCAUCCCCCUCUGAAGAGGGCAGAGAAAGGGGCUUUGAACGUGCACUGUAUCAGAACAGACAGGUGGGGCUGAGAACGGAUUCAGACCAAGGACACUUCAGAGAGCCCAUGGCAGGGCCAAGGUGGUGAGCACUCAGUGAGCGUGGAAAUACAGAGUGGGCAGCAGGUUCGUGGCAAGUCUGAGGGCAGGCUCAGAGCUGCCCAUACACAGGGCAGAGGCACUCAGGCAGUCUGCACUGAAAGCCUGCACAUAGCAAGACCUUGCCUGAAAAAAUAAAAGUAUGGAUCUCUGAGAAGCCCGGGCACCCUUCAAAGCCUAUCUGAACAAGGAGGCAAGGAAAAAAUCGGGAGGGAUGGAGGUCAGACAGCAGGAGGACUUCCCAACACCCAAACCCAGAGCAACACAAACCCACAUCGCCCUUAGGGCCUGGCUUUUGAGGGCAGGACAAGUGUCUUCCGGCUUUCCGUGACGUGGGCCCUCUGUGGAGCUGAGCUGUGGUUGAAGCGACAUUUCCUGUCCCCGGGGCCCAGGGUGAGCAGAGAGAUGAGCUGCUGACUGUGCACACCUUUCAGGCAUACACAGCACCCAUGGAGACGCCCCUGGCCCAGAUGUGUCCCCAAGCUUCGGCCCCUACCUUCAGCACCAGCCAGCCCAUGGACGAGGCCCGAAGGAGCUGCCAGGGCCUGGGCUUGUUCCCAGAGCCCACGCCCCAGUCCCCACGGGCAGCAGAGGCCCAGCCCGGCCCCAGGACCCUGGCUGUCCACACUUCGGCACUUGCCCGGGCCCUGGGGUCUGACAAGGUAGAAGAGGUGCCUGGGGAAGGCAGCCUGUCUCUGCAGGCCGAGACCCGGGCUUGGUUCCAGAAGACACAGGCCCGCUCGCUGCUGCAGCGUGGGGCAGCCCCCACCUGGUUCCAUGGCUUCAUCACCAGAAGGGAGGCCGAGCGGCUGGUGCUGGGCGAGGACAGCGCCCACGCACGACUGCAGGACCUGCUGCGCCACUACACGGCGCGCCCACUCAGCCCCUACGGGGAGAAGCUCAGCCAACCCCUAGCCCGCCAGACCCCAGAGCCUGCGGGGCUUUCCCCGAGGACUGAAGACUCAGACUUCAGAAGCAAAAGCCAGGACCCAAACUCCCUGCGAAAAUGGAGUCUGGCCCAAGCCUGGGCGCCACAGGAGGCCCAGCCGCUCAGGCCCAAGCCUCCUGUCCCUGCCAAGCCUGUGCUGCCGACCGAGGUUUACGCCAGUCCGGAGCCUCGCCCCCGCCCAGCUCUGCCGCCCAGGCCUGUGCCCCCCAUCUACCAGGAGCCAGAGGAGCCCAUCGCCUUCUAUGCCAUGGGCCGGGGCUGCCCUGCCGAGGCGUCUGGCCACGUCUAUGCCGAGCUGGAUGGGCUGGAUGGGCCAGAGGUGGGUGACCAGAACCCAGGCAGUCUGCAACUGUAUCCUGAGAACCCUGUGCUGGGACAAGGCCCCCCACUUCCCCAGCAACCUCCACCUGGCUGGAGGCACACCCUGCCCCCCAACCUUUCCAGACAAGUGCUUCAAGACAGAGGCCUGGCCUGGCUUCCCCUUGGGCCUUCUCAGACCGUGUUACCAGCUCAUUCUGAGAGUCCCUGAGAAUCGCUGCCAGCGACCCUCUAAGAUGGUGAGACGUGUGCAAGGAGGCACUGCCCUAGUUUCUCCUCCUGGAGUCUAAUUUCCUCAGUCCUCUGGGCCUUGGAGUCUGGGCCCUGGUCCAAUGCUGCUGUUGUCUGAGGAGUGGUUUGGUGAGAACAGAUGUUAGAACUUGUUUGUUGAUUCUUGUCUGGCUAAUAAAU